CUCACACUGUCGACAUUUUUUUUUUCUCUUAUCAAUUUAAGGAGCGAAACGACUGGUUAGUUGUCACUGUUCUUGUGAUUUCCGCGAUACUUCCUCCUCUUCUCUCCUCGUCCUCUCUGUAACUAGUGUUUGAACUUUGAAGGCUUCAAAUUUCUGGCUUUGCUAAUUUGCUUCCUCAGCUUCUGGAGUUUUUCCUGGGUAUCCUUCUCCCCUGUCUCUGAUCACAAUCAGUUUUUGAGUUUGAAUUUGAACGUCUUUUCUUCUUCUUCUUCCCCUCUAGUUCUAGUCCUGGUUUAGCCGUUCUAUUACCAAUCCAGCAACUUGAAGAUGAAUUUAUUUUCUUGUCACUUUCUAUUUUGCUAGCGGUUCUUUUUCUCAAACUUUUAUUUUGUUGAUACAAAAUUUGGAAGUUAUUGAUGAUUAAUGAAUGAAUGUUUACAAUUCAGUUAUUGACUGUUAGAGUUUAUAUACCUUUUUUCCCCAAGUCGGACAUUUAGUCGCGAGUAUAAACCCAUUGAAAGUUAUAUUCGUAGCAAUUACGUUAACCAUUGUCACAAGUUCUAAUUCAUUUUACGAUUUUGGGACUAAAGUAUGGUUACUUAUAUCGACCGCAACAACAUAUCGUUGGUCCUCUUGUUUUACACUCUUACUCUAUUGGAUGGAUAUUGUCAUGAAGGAGUUUAACCUAAUUUCAGAAAUGGGUUUUCUAACAUAGUAUGCCCUUCUCAUAUUUUUGCUGGGAGAAUCUCUGGUGCAUGAUGAAGCUCUUCAGAUUGAGUGAGUUUAGCAAGAACGUCCAUCCUUCUCUUAAUUGACUGUCUCCAUACUGGGCUACAGUAAUGAAUAUUCAGCAGGAGAAGUCAGUCAGGUUUCAGGAUUGGAAUUGGAACGGUGAGAACCAAUAUUCCAUUGCAAGUAGCACAAGCCACCCAGGGAGAAUCUCAUCUUCUCUAAAGUCAGUUUCUAUGAAAUUUCAAAGAGGCUUCAAAUCUGGUUCUGAGAGAAUUAAGAGAUUUAUAAAUUCAUUCAAAUCUUUUCCUUAUAAUAGUGUGGUCGCUAGAAGUUUUAGUUCUAGAAAUAAAAUCCUUGAUCCACAGGGCUCAUUCCUUCAAAAGUGGAACAAGAUAUUUGUAUUAUCAUGUCUUAUUGCUGUGUCACUAGAUCCUUUGUUCUUUUAUGUCCCUGUUGUUGAUGGUGAGAAGAAAUGCCUUUCACUGGACCACAAGAUGGAGAUAACAGCUACUGUUCUAAGAUCUUUCUGUGAUAUUUUUUAUAUAAUCCACAUAAUUUUCCAAUUUCGUACUGGAUUUAUUGCUCCCUCUUCUCGAGUGUUUGGAAGAGGUGUUUUGGUUGAAGAUGCAUGGGCCAUAGCGAAGAGGUAUCUGUCCUCAUACUUUUUCAUUGACAUUCUUGCUGUUCUUCCCUUCCCACAGGUGGUGAUUUUGAUUGUCAUUCCAAGGUUAACAGGAGGCUUUAAAUCGCUGAACACAAAGAACUUUCUAAAAUUUGUUGUUUUCUUCCAAUAUGUACCAAGGCUUUUACGUGUUGUUCCUUUAUAUAAAGAAAUCACAAGGACCUCUGGCAUUCUCACUGAAACUGCUUGGGCUGGAGCAGCAUUCAAUCUUUUUCUUUACAUGCUUGUGAGUCAUGUUUUUGGUGCCUUUUGGUACUUGUUUUCUAUAGAACGAGAAACCACUUACUGGCAACGAGCCUGCCGUAGAAAUGCUACAUGUCACAAGUCAGCUCUGUAUUGUGGUUCUCCAGGGUCAAGGGACAUUGUAAACUACUUGAACGAUUCUUGCCCGAUACAAGAGGCAAAUACUACACUUUUUAAUUUUGGAAUAUUCCUUGAUGCACUUCAGUCUGGUAUAGUGGAGUCAGGAGAUUUCCCACAGAAGUUUCUUUACUGUUUUUGGUGGGGGCUUAGAAAUUUGAGUUCUCUUGGUCAGAACCUGGCAACAAGUACUUAUGUUUGGGAGAUCAUCUUUGCUGUUUUCAUCUCCAUCUCUGGUUUGGUAUUAUUUUCAUUUCUUAUCGGAAAUAUGCAGACAUAUCUGCAGUCAACAACUACAAGAUUGGAGGAGAUGAGAGUCAAAAGAAGAGAUGCAGAACAAUGGAUGUCUCAUCGGUUGCUCCCUGAUAGUCUGAGAGAGCGAAUCAGACGAUAUGAACAAUACAAAUGGCAAGAAACCAGAGGUGUUGAUGAGGAAAACUUGAUCCGUAGUCUUCCUAAGGAUUUACGAAGGGACAUUAAGCGUCAUCUUUGCUUGGCUCUGCUGACGAGAUUUUUUUGCUGCAAAGUUAGGAAUCCUGCUUUGCAGGUGGUGAAUCAGAAUCAGACGCUUAAAAAGAAGAGUGCAAGAUUACUGGACUGGAGCCAAAAGAUGAAAUCUGUGUAUUACAGUCUCGGGCUGACAUUUGGUGGGUUUUGUUUUAUAUUGAAGGUGCCAAUGUUUGAGAAAAUGGAUGAACAACUGUUGGAUGCAAUGGGUGACCGUCUGAAGCCAGUGCUCUACACAGAAGAAAGCUGCAUCGUUCGGGAAGGAGAUCCGGUGGACGAGAUGCUCUUCAUAAUGCGAGGCAAACUACUGACGGUGACAACCAAUGGCGGAAGAACAGGCUUCUUUAACUCAGAGUUCCUCAAGGGCGGCGACUUCUGCGGGGAGGAGCUUCUGACGUGGGCAUUAGAUCCCCAUUCCUCAUCCAAUCUUCCCAUCUCAACCAGGACCGUACGGACCCUCGUAGAAGUUGAAGCCUUUUCUCUCAAAGCCGACGACUUGAAGGUCGUGGCGUCUCAGUUCAGGCGUCUUCACAGUAAGCAGCUUCGUCACACUUUCAGGUUCUACUCGCAACAAUGGCGGACAUGGGCCGCGUGUUUCAUACAGGCAGCGUGGCGGCGAUAUAGUAAGAAGAAGCUUGAAGAGUCUCUGAGGGAAGAAGAGAACAGGCUGCAAGAUGCGUUGGCAACGGCAAGUGGUAACUCACCUAGCCUUGGUGCUACAAUAUAUGCUUCCAGAUUUGCUGCCAAUGCGCUUCGAGCCUUACGACGGAAUCGGUCCAGGAAAACACGGUUGGCCGAAAGAUUUCCGCCCAUGUUGCUCCAGAAGCCUGCAGAGCCCGAUUUUACUGCAGACGAGAUUGAGCAAUGAGCACUCAUAAAUACCUCUUUUUAUUCCCCUUUCGUGACGCUAGCUAGUACCAGUAGGCAGGCGAUUGAUGAGGCAGGAGAAUCUAUACCAUGGAUACUACUCACGUAUGUGCUACGAGCAAGACACUUCGUCUCGUGCACUAAUUUUGCAAUGAUUUUUUUUUCAAUAAAAAAUAUUAAAAUAUAAAAUAUUAAGUUUUAA